UUUGAAAAUAUUUUCAGAACAAGGUAACAAAUAGUAAAAUAAAAAGUAUGAAAAUCAGUUCUUUGAAACCCAGCAUAAUGUUGCUGAUCAUUCAGCAUAAAAACACGUGAUCUCAAAGUCUCUCACGUGUCAAUGAAAGACUGUAAAUGCUGAGAGGAGAUAUCACAAGUUUUUCUCCUGCAGUAAUAAUUUAAAAAUCAAUAUUCGUUUGCUUGAAUAUUUCACAAUACAGCCCAAAUGCUUUACAGGAAAUCUUUGCAGACGAAAGUGUUACAUUAUCUGCAACAGUGAAAGGAGCUCUAUCAAAAGCAAUACCUGAGGAAAGACAACUGAAUCAAACAAAGGCAAAACAUGGAGUUAGCAGAAAGAAAAGAAACAGAAAUGGAAAUUCUAGACCCAAGACGAAACCAAUUUACCAUAAGAAAAAAACCAUUUGAAGAGAUGUUGUUGAGAGAGAUACCAGGAGCAACAAGAACGAAUGAGCCCAUGCAUGCUGUUCUUGAGAGUCAACUAGGUGAUGAUGAAAAGUUGGAAGGGGAACAAGUUGUGAGAAAUAGUGCUUUAAUUCAUUAUCUUGCCACAUUAGCCAAUUCCAACAACUUUGAAGACAAGUUUGAUUAUGACUUUGUUGAAUCAUUGAUUAACAACGGUGCAGACGUCAAUAGCAAAGAUAAAUCAGGACAAACGGUUUUUCAUGAGGUUGCUAGAUCAUGGAACAUUGAUGUUGCGAGAUUUCUCAUUAAACACGGUGCAAACGUAAAUCAACAAGAUCAGUAUGGUAGAUCACCACUUCAUGUUGCUGCUGCAGUAGAUUAUGCUGACAUGGUGGAAUUUCUUCUACAAAACGGAGCUCGCAUUGAUAUCAAAACAACUGGAGAAGAACAAGAGGCAAUUCAUUUUGCAGCUAAGAAUGACGCCAUUAGCUCUCUACAAAUGCUGUUAACAUACGGAGGUAAUAUCGAUGCCAGAGAUAGCAAGAACAGAACACCAUUACAGGUUUCCGCUGAGAUGAAUCGUUCUAAAGCAGCAAAACUUUUGAUUGCCAAAGGUGCUCCAGCGGGUGUCUACGAUGAAUUAGGAAAUUCAGCAUUGUCACUUCUUAUUGAAAAGAUUCCAGAAGUAGCUUUGAGCGCUUUAGACCAGUUUCACUCCGUGGAUAUGAUUAACCGCAAAGAAUUGUAUUUUCUUAACUAUUUGGAAGGGAACAAGUUAAGGAAAAAGAAAACGCCAGCUCGUACGCCACUUGAAAUUGCUGUACAAAAUGAAAGAUUUGACAUUGUUAUGCAUCCCGUCAUGCAACGAUUGAUUGAAAUUAAGUGGCAAAUGUAUGGAAAAUUUGGGGCAGUAUUUGACUUAACCAUUAAUCUUAUUUACACAACACUCUGGACAGUACUUGCUGUAACCUUGCCAAUCAAUGGACGAGAUCUUUAUCUGCCACUUGCUCAAAAUUCCUGGAGAUUAAUCGUGGGAAUCAUUCUCUUUUUGUUCACCGUAUUAGAGAUUAGAAAGCAAGUCGUUAAUACAAUAAAGAGCCGACAUGAAUUAAAAAAAUGGCGAGAAUGGCGUGCUGAUGAACUAGAACGAGAUAUGGCAUAUUGUCAUCCUAGAUGGCCGCAAGAAGCUCAAUAUCUAAAAGCUGAAAUAAAGGCUGUAAGAAAUCUCUCCUUCAUUUCGGGUUCUGAUUGGUGGAUAUAUUUUGACUGGAUAGCACUCGUCCUUAUUCUUGCUACCAUGGCAUCCCACGUGACAUUUUUUCACUACAGCAACGACUUGAGCAGAAAAAUUCAUCAUCUCAUAUUAAUACCACUGUUGUUGAUACUUUGGUUGAGAAUAUGCAAGUAUGCUAGACCAUUUGAAGCCGCUGGACCUUUUGUUGUUAUUUUUGGGAACGUAUUCGGAGACAUUUUGAAAUGGGCUUUUCUAAACAGUAUCAUUCUCAUUCCGUUUACUUGUGCGUUUUGGAUAACAUUCGGGGCAAAUUCCAACAGCCCUGUUGAAAGUUAUAAAACUGUGAGUCCAUUAUUAUACAAUAUGUUCUCAAUGAUGGUGGUAGGUGAUCAUGAUUACAAGGACCUAGAGAGUGCUAAUCCAUUAAUGGCAAGGCUGUUGUGUGGCUCAUUCAUUGGUACUGUUGCUAUAGUAACAAUAAACCUCCUUAUUGCAUUACUGAGUAAUACAUUCGAAAGAUUGUACGAGAAUGCAGUGGCCAAUGCUGCAAUGCAAAGAGCAAGAACAAUUCUUCUUCUUCAGAAGUCAUUGAGGAAAAAACAAAAAAAGAAAUAUUACGACUUUAUUAAAAAGGACGGUAGUCCAGAAAUAAUUUUAAAUACUACUGGCCGUUUAUCAUCAAUGGACAGGGAUGAACAAGUGACAAUGGAAGAAGUUCAAAAUGAGAUGAAAAAAAUUGCUCGCUUACUUAGUGAAAAGCAUGGAAAAAAGUUUGAAAAACAGGAAAAGAAUUCUGACUUUGUCUUUUUGAAAAUGGAUGUAAAUUCAAUAAGAAGAAUUCAAGAGGAGCUUACUGACGAUGUAAAAACCAUAAAACAUACAUUGCAAGAAAUAAUGGAGAAUAUCAACGAAAUAAAAAAAACUAGUGAUGAAAGAUUCAAUGUUUUUCAAACAACUGAAUUUGACGAAAAUACUACAAAUAUCAAAACAAAGAACAACAACGACAAUUAUAACAAGGAAAUCAACGAUAUUAUUCUAAAAAACAAUAGGGAAGAAACAAAAGAUGCAUCAAACUUAUCACAAAAGAGACUGAAGCAAAAGCGUCAGAAAUCAUCUGAAAGUGAUUCCUCGGAUCAAUCUGAUUUAUCAAAAAGUGAAUCAAAAAAGUGAAUCAACAAAAAGUGAAUCAACAAAAAGUGAAAGCAAGUCUUCUUCUUUAAAGUCAGGAAAGAAAACGAAUGAAAAAAGUCACAGUCGAAGAAAAAUAAGCUUAUUUAAUGAAAAACGGGAAGAUGGAAAUCAUUCAAAGUUCACAAAUCAUGCUCCAGAUGGUCAAAAUGAUGUGUUUGAGAGACUGGAGCCAAAUGAUCCAAACAACUCUUAUUUAUCUACAUGGAACAGCUAUAGGCCUUGGCUAUGUCAAACAGCUCCAUCAAACAAUCAGCAGGGAAUGAAUGUUUAUAAUCAGGAUUAUCAGGAAACAAAUCGUCGAGACUGCACGCCUUCGGAUAGAAAUCAUGAAAAUGUGUACAUCUACUUACCACAAAAUCCUUCAAUGCACCCCAAUGUUCCUUAUAUAUCUCAGACAGAAACGAACCAUCGGCAUAGUAUACCUUCGGAUAUAAACAAUGAAAAUGUGAACGUCUAUUUAACCCAAAAUUCUCCCACAAGCCCAAAUGUUCCUUUUAAAUCUCAUGUUUAUGAAGGGGGAAAGCGUCGGCAUAGUGCGCCAUCGAAUGGUAAUCAUGAAAAUGUCACUAUGUAUCCUACACAAAAUCUUCUAAUGAACCCAAAUUUCCUUCAUACAAUUCAUGCUCAUCAAGAAAGAAAUAGUUGGCUUAAAACGACAUCUGAUAGAAAUUGUGAAAAUGUGAACGUUUACUCAUCCCAAAAUCCUCCAAUGAGCUCCAAUGUUCCUCAUACAUCCCCUUUUCUCCCAGCAAAUAUGAACGUCCAGCAGAAAUCACAGCUGUACAAAGAAAAUCACCAUGAUAUUUGGUAUCCAUCAGUGCUAGAACAGCAAGGAAGAUAUGAAAAUGAAACACAAAAUCAUGCCAUACCAGAAAUUCGUUCAUCAUCAAACGUUAGCCAUUACAAUGUUAAAAUUUUAGAUCAAAAUUUAACGGGAAAUGAGAACUAUGGAUUUCAAUCUGAUCACUUUCCUAUGAAGAUGCAAAAAUGGUCCAAGGAAAAUCAUUGCUUGAAAAUAACGGUAAUAAUGUAACAAGAAACAUGGCACCCACCAAGCAAAACGUAUCACCCGGACGCAAUCCAUAUUUUAACACAAUGUAUCAACUGCAAGAAAAUGAAAGAGUAAACAGUUUAGAAUCAGAGAAAACUCACAAUGACGACCAAGAGAGAGAUCUCACUUACUUAAAUGUAUCAAAAGCUUCUCGUAAAAAUAGCCAAGAGUAUAAAGGUUUUAAUCAAGCGUAUUUCAACAAAGAAAAGUCAACAAAAAGCGUGCAAAUAAACCCAAAUCGUCCGUGGACGGUUGAAAAAAUCAACGAACAAUCUGGAACUAUCACAGUUUCAAUUCCAACUUCAGCUAUGGAAAAUAAAAAUUAUUACCACGAGAGAGAUGUCAUUGACUCAAAUAUACCAAAAACUUUAUUUGAAAACAGUCAAAAGUACAGUGAUACAAAUCAAUUGGAUUUCAACAGAAAAAAAUCAAUAAAAAACGUAAAAAUAAACCCAAAUGGUCCAUGGACCUUGGAAAAAAUUGACGAACAAGCCGGAACUAUUACCGUUGCAAUUCCAACUUCAGCUAUGACAGACAAAGAUAAGAAACUUCUUGAAAAAUCACAAAAUAAAAAUCACCCAGUAACACAAAAGAUUGAUUCACAAAGCUCUUUAACUGAUAAGAAAGAAUCCAAUCUAAAAAAUAGUUCCGAGUUUCUAUCACUGACAGAUGGUCGUGCAUGGUAUACUAGAUUUCGUUCAAAUACUCCAAUAGCUGCAGAAAUACUGGAAAAAGUAAUGUUCUUUGAAGAGAAAUUUUAUGAACGUCAAAACAUACAUUCUCCAAAUGUUCAGUCAAGUGAAUCAUUGUCAAGAGAAUCAUCUAUGGGAGCAACAGACUCAGAACGAUCGUCUACAUCAAAUGAUUUUAUUGCAUUAUUGCCAUCGAACAAUAAGGAAAAGCUCCAACAUAAGUAUAUCUGAGAGACUUACAGAGAAUGAAGCAAAAACUAAAGCAAAAGAUGAGAAAAGAGUGGCAAGAUUCAGAGUCCGUUUCCUCAAGACAAUAUCUGAUAAAUCAUAAUCGUCACGUGACUAAAUAGCAACCUAUACUUGAUAAUUGAACAA